GUCACCCGAGUUGACCCGAUCCUAACCCGACCCAACCCGCCCAUUUGCCAGGUCUACAUGAAAGGAAAUGCAAGGGCCAGCAUGAAGGAUGUCAAAAAGGAGCAAAAUUGGACCCAUGCAAGAAACCCAACGGAUCGAUUCUUCUGCACUUCAGCAGCCGCGCACCCUCUCGUUCUCUGCAAGCCGAUUUUUCCGUCUGGGAGCUGCUCUCACUGCCGCCAUCUGCCUUCUUCCUCUUCGAGGAGUUCGGGCAGCAGGAAACAGAGGAUAUCUGGAGCUUUCUCUGGCGAAGUCUCAGACGCAGGCGACAGGGUUGCAAUCACAGGAAAGGAACUUGCAAUCUCAAGAAGUCCAGCUGGCGAUUGGGAAGAGAAAGACAUUGAGCUUUGUUUUAUUGUGAACUUGUAGGGUUUGAGGUAUUUUCGGGCAUUUGCUGGCUGUGACGGAGGAGACAGCUAUGGCAGAACUUAGUCUGGGGAUCCUUAUAGAUAUUGUUGAUGAUGAGUGGAUGAGGGACACUCUACCUGAUGAUGAUCAAGAGAAUCAACAAGUGGAUGAAGACACUUGGCAUGAUCUUGCAUUAGGUACUCAGUAAGGCUUCACAUUAGCAGUCCUUGGAACCUUGUUACUGAGAGCAUUUGUUCUCAGGAUUUGAAAUUAGAUGCCUCAGUCUUUUUUCUGUGUUUGUGUCUGUCAGUCUGAAUGUUAAACUCUUUCUCUUUUUUCUGUGUGCAUGUGAAAAUGUUGAAAACAGAGUAACAUUAAUUUUAUGCACAAAUGUUCACAUAAACUUGAUUCGAGUUAACAAGGCUGCUUAUACCUGUUUGAUGGUUAGCGAUAACUCCAUUUCUGAAAAACAAAGUUAGUAAUUGUAUCAUGUUCAAGUAGAUGAAAAGAUAAAUCAACAAUUAAGUA